ACGGAGUCUCCAGACUCAUUAUAACUGGACGGAACCAAUAGUGAGCGCCAACCCUCCUGGCGUCGGAGGCGCCUGUGUUCCCUCAAGGCUCGGCCCUGCUCGUGGAUUUCGCGUUUCGCUUCAAUCGUCUGACAACCUCCCUCCAGCCUCUUGCCAGGCCAGCCAAAGCGUCGUCGUACCCCUAGAGACAUAGGCACUGUAUCCUUAACAGAGAAGUCUUUGUCUUAAUUGCUGAGAGAAUUGCAUUGAUCACCGCCAUGGUUGCAGAACAUUUGACGAUUCGUAACCUCACCUCCACGCCAAUUACGUUGAAGCGCAUUGAACGAUUCCACGCUGCCCAGAAGCCUCGCGAUAACAUCCAAUCCCUAGCAAAGAACUUCACACGCGUAUUUACCAAUGUUACCCGUGCCGGGCCGCUUGUUGCGGUGAUCAACGAUGACACUAAGCCAUUCGCCGAAGAGGACGUUGACAUCCAUGUCGAGCCUUUCCAAACAGUGCGCACCCAGCUCCGCGCCUUCAUCGAUUCAGACAAGGAGCGCCUGCGCUGGGUCUUUGAAUCACAGGGAGAGAGACACCAAGUCCAAACCCCUGUGCCUACAGCCGAAUCUGCUACGAUGAAGCCGCUGUCCCCAAACCCUGAACUCCAAUUUACGGGGGUCUUCGUAACGCGCGAAUCUCACCUGGCCAUUUUCUCCUCCGCAAACCUCAACUCGUGGAUGCGUGAGUUAAAGGACAACACCUUACUUUCAGCGCUGUCCAUCCCAGGAACACACAAUUCCCCGACUUGUCAUCUUGCCCCCCCCUCCGUUCGCUGCCAAGCGGUCAGCCCACGCGAACAACUCCGAAAUGGCGUGCGAUUCUUCGAUAUUCGCGUGCAGCCCCAGUACCCCGAGGAUCCCGCUAAAGACGAGCUUAUCCUCGUGCACAGCGUCUUCCCUAUCUCCCUAACAGGAAGUAAGUACUUCCGCGAGCUUAUGCGCGAAGUGAACGACUUCCUAGAACAGAACCCAUCAGAGACUCUCAUCAUGUCUCUGAAGCGCGAGGGUCCCGGAACCCAUACCGACGAACAGCUAAGCCGAAUUCUGCACGAUCAUUACGCCCGUCCCGACAGUCGGUGGUACACAGAUCCCAAGAUCCCCACGCUCGGCGAGGCUCGCGGGAAAGUGGUCCUCGUGCGCCGGUUCAACAUCCUCGAGGGACUGAAGGACGUGCACGGCGGCGGCCGCGGCUGGGGUAUCAAUGCUACCGGGUGGGCCGAUAAUUGCGCGAACGCCACCUGCCCAAGCGGUCAGAUUUGCAUCCAGGAUUUCUACGAAGUCAUGGAAACCCAGAAUAUCGAGAAGAAAAUCGGGUACGUUGUCGAUCAGUGCAAGCGGGCCGGCGAAACAUGCUAUCCCUUCGGUAUCCUUCCGGGCCCCAACGCAACCCGGGCCCAUCCAUUCUAUGUCAAUUUCUUGUCCGCAAGCAACUUCUGGAAGGUCAAUACCUGGCCCGAAAAGAUUGCAGCCAAGUUGAACCCCGCCACCGUCGACCAUCUUUGCAGAAUCCACGGCGAAGGGGAUGACUGCGAUUGGUCUACGGGUAUCCUUGUCACCGAUUGGGUUGGGUUGGAUGGCGAUUGGGACCUUGUGCGAUGCAUUGUAGGAAUGAAUGCCCGGCUGAUGAUGCGACAAAUCAAGCAGCAAGAGCUUGGACAGAAAUGAUCCUGGAUUUAUGAAUGUUUUUU